AUGGGUAUUGCACAUAUAUUCAAUCCAGACGAACGCCACACAUUAAUUGGUUGUUUGCCUUUCAUGCCACCGGAAUUUUAUCGAGGAGACGGUCAAUAUGAUCAAUCACUGGAUGUGUUUACUUAUGGAUUAACAUUGAAUGAACUAUUUACAGAGAAAACUCAUCGAUUUAAUCAAUCGACAAAACGAGUUCAGUUAAUCGAACAAAGUCCAAUUUUCACGAAUUUUAUUCUUAAGUGUAUUCGGGAUGAAUCGACUCGCCGACCAACAGCUGUCGGGCUGGAAAAUACUCUUCAUAAGUAUCGGCAAGCAGCCGAUCAAUAUAUCAAAGAAAAGUGUCCCGAUUAUACAAAAAACACAAUAGAAACAAAAGAUAGUAUUUUCAUUGGUUUCUAUCAUGAAUAUCGCAAGAAGGAAAAAGUCGAACCGAAACCAAUUUUUCCACCACCACCACCACCGAAACCACAUGUAAAUUUGGAUCUAAUUCGACAACAUUUCGAAGAUAUGAUGAAACAAUUCAAUAAUGUUCAUGGACAAGAUGCCGAUUGUAAAAAAGAUGAUCCUAAGGUUGUAAAAUUAAAAAAAUAUCUGGAUAAUCCAAACCCCGUCCUUGUCGUUGAGCCUGUAAAAAAAGAUCGACGGGCGGCAACACCAUCAUCACAUGUUCAUCGGAUUGAUCAAGAAAAUCUUGAAGACAUUCUUGGUGUCGUAAAGCAUCGACGAGCACCGGCGCCCAAUCCAAGAUCUCCUCGUCUCGGAUCACCAGAUUUUAAUCAGAUCAUACGAAUAUGCAAAUAG